GCAACGUCGACCCGACGCUGCUGGCGAAGAACGCGCAGGGCAGGUGCGCCAAGAAGCCGAGCAAGACGAAGGGCCACGGCAAGAAGAAGGCCGACGGCGGCGAGGAGGAGGCCGACGUGGACGACAGAGGCGUUGAGCAGCACCCUGGCGGCGCCCUCGCGGGGGCGCCUGGCGGCCAGGAGGCCACGAAGCAGGCCGCGAACCCCGGGAUCGCGGCCGCCGCGGCGGCCGAGAAGUCGGGUACCGGGCCCCCGUACAUGCGGCCCUUCCUGAAGCCCUCCCGCUCGGACCCGACGCUGCUGUCGUCCUACGGCGACGAGAUGGAGUCGAGGCCCGUGCCAGGCAGGCUGCGCGCGUGA